AUGAACGGCGACAGCUACGCAUCUAGAGGCAUGGCACCCUCAUCGACAAAACCCAAACCACAACGUCCAGGUAUCACUAACAAUGAAGAAUCUACAGAUGGCAAUCGGCACGGCUCAUCCAGAGAUUACCCUCCUGCUCGCGAUGAUCGACGUGGCGAUAGAGGUGACCGGGACCGACGCCGUUCUCGGUCUCCAGGGCAUCGAGGACCCCGUCCCUCGCGGCGAGAUGGCGACGUAGAUUCAUACUCCACGAGUCGUGACUACAGAGAGCGAGAACGUGAGGACAGAUAUUCCGGCAGAGAUCGACGGGGAGGCGGGGAGAGAGAAUGGGAUCGAGACCGAGGGUCAUCACGACGCGACGCUAGAAGGGACGAUGAUGACAGACCCCCUAGGAGAGAUCGAGAUCUGUUCGAUGAAAGACGGGGUGGUGGAGGAAGACGAGGCGAUCGAGGCGACCGCGAUGCAUUUGGUGGAGGACCGGGACGAGAACGCAAGAAGAGUGCCACCCCUCCCCCAAAGAAGCGGGAACCUACGCCGGAUCUGACAGAUGUUGUUCCUAUCCUUGAGCGGAGAAGAAGAUUGACUCAAUGGGAUAUAAAGCCACAAGGCUACGAGAAUGUGACUGCGGAGCAAGCCAAACUCUCCGGCAUGUUUCCCUUGCCAGGAGCCCCGAGACAACAACCCAUGGAUCCAAGCAAGUUACAGGCGUUCAUGGCGCAACCCAGUGGCUCAGUUACGAAUGCGGCUCUGAAGCCUUCUAACUCACGCCAAGCUAAACGUCUCUUAGUCCACAAUCUGCCGCCAGGCUUGGAGGAAGAGGCCCUCGUCAGCUUCUUCAAUCUUCAGCUAAAUGGCCUCAAUGUUAUCGAAGGAUCAGAUCCUUGCAUCUCCGCUCAAAUUUCGAAGGACAAAUCAUUUGCUCUACUUGAAUUCAAGUCUCCUUCAGAUGCCACUGUAGCUCUGGCACUCGAUGGGAUCACAAUGCAGGACGACCAUGCUGGAAAUGGUGCAGCUAACGGUGACACGAAAGGCCUCUCUAUUCGUCGCCCGACGGACUACAUUGUUCCAGCAGUUUCUGAUGAGACUCCGCUUGAGCCUGGUGUUGUGUCAAACGUCGUGGUGGACACUCAGAAUAAAAUAUGCAUCUCAAACAUCCCGCUUUAUUUGACGGAUGAGCAAGUCACUGAGUUAUUGGUCUCAUUUGGAGAAUUGAAAGCAUUUGUGCUGGUGAAGGAUAGCAGCACCGAGGAGUCUAGGGGUAUCGCGUUCUGCGAGUAUGCCGACGCAACAGCAGCAACAGAUAUCGCGGUUGAAGGCUUGAACGGAAUGGAAUUAGGAGAUAAACAUCUUAAGGUGCAAAGAGCUAGCAUCGGUAACACUCAGGCUGCAGGUCUUGAGAUGGGAGUCAACGCAAUGUCCAUGCUUGCCGGAACUACCUCGCAGGGCUUGGAGGAUGGCCGAGUCCUGCAAUUGCUUAACAUGGUAACCCCGGAGGAACUCAUUGACAAUGAUGAAUAUGAAGAAAUCUGCGAUGAUGUUAAGGAAGAAUGCGAGAAGUACGGCAAAGUACUAGAUUUGAAGAUUCCGCGACCCACGGGUGGAAGCAGACAAUCAAAUGGAGUCGGCAAGAUAUUUGUCAAGUUCGACACUCCAGAAUCAGCAGGGAAGGCGCUUCGGGCUCUCGCCGGCCGAAAGUUUGCGGAUCGUACCGUCGUAACGACCUAUUUCUCAGAGGAAAAUUUCGAGGUGUCUGCCUGGUAA